AAGUGUUAGACUAAUUGUGAAAUAUAAACACAUAGACAAGAGAGCUUGCGAAUGCCUUUUAACGCAUGCAUGAUGAGUUUUGUACAAUAAGUUCAUUUUGACUGUAUUUCGUGAAGUUAAACUUCGUGUUGCGUAUACGCAACAUUGGGAAGAAAUGGGUUAAAGAAGAUAAGAUGUAAAAGCGAGAAACACGUACGAUAUAAAAUAUGCCACGAAGCAUAACGUUAAUGAAGAUGAGAUUAAAACAUGUCGCGUUGCGGAAAACUCACGCGGAUUAACACAGAGGAGGAAGUGCUUUUUAAUACACAUUUUAAUACAUCACUUAAAAUAGUAAUCUUCGUAAUGCGCUUUACGGAACGCGCGUUGAGUAACAGCAGCUCGUGUUCGCGCGGAUAUCGUAACGAACAGGAAAAUUCAUGCAGAACGCACGAGCGACGCGCUUACUUCAUUCAGCAGUUGCAUUUGCAUUUACAAUGACGCUAUCAGGCAUGCAUGCCGCAAUUAUAUAAUAAUAACCCGCAAGAUAUAACGCGGGGAGAAUUCUCAGCCGAGUAGCUAUCGCGACACGGCGUUGUCAAGCGCGGUGAAAGUAAAGUACUUCCUCCGCUUUUGCAACUUCAGCGUUCCAGUGUCCUUUAUGCUUUCACGAUCUCUCUCUCUCUCUCUCUCUCUCUCUCUCUCUCUCUCUCUCUCUCUCUCUCGAGAAGGCCGAUUCGCAUUCGCCGGGAAUGUACAUUGUUGCAUGCUCGAAAAGGAAGAAGAAACUUUCAUUUCUACGCACAAUCGCGGCAGAUUUGAAUUCACCUUCGGGAGGACGCGCGGUCGCGUGAUCAGCGAGGCAGCUUCUGGGAAACUCCAUCGGCGAGAUACGGCGUUGUUUGAUCGAUGCCUGGUCGUGGUCUCGGAGAGCGUUGCUGCACCAUGUCGUCGCCUCGGCGCGAGAAAUCAUGUCGGCGAAAGGGGUUAAGUGCCGGCGGUCGGGUUGGACGUUGCUCGACGAAAAUAUCGAGAAUGUGGAGCGCGUGAGCCUCGUUCCCGAGGCUCAACGAGAACUGGGUUGCACGGUCGGCGAGCGCGUGUUCCUGGAAUAUCCUUGGGCCUUCGUGCCGCGAGAGGCCGUCUCGAGGCUAGCCAAGACGCCGGGCUCGUCGCUGGAGCCGCAUCGGAAGAAGAUUGAGGCUUACGCCGGCGAUACAUUCCUCGUGGGCUAUUCAUCCGCUCAACUGAUCGCCCAUGACUUCGUGAUCUGCCUGACGGAGGACGCGAGGUCAGCGAUAGUAAAACGGAAUGCUGACGUCAGCAAGCGGAUUCGAGGCGAGGUCGCGCGGAAGGUCAGGAAGACCGGCGAACUUUGGAAGUCCCUCGGAAGCGAGAGCGACUUGGACGACAGUCUGGUGCGAAGCACGAGGGAUUCCUUCGAAGUGCAAGUGUGCCUUCCGGUCAGCUCCUUGGGCUCAGCUCGGGAGCUCUCGGACAGGAGAUCCGAAGACUCCAGGGACAGUUACGUGGAGCUGCUUUGCUAUGAGAACUUGGAGAACAUCGAGAAGAAGCGGGUCUCCAAGAUGAUCCAGACGCACUUGGAACCUCGAGACCUCGAGGUGCAGACCUACCCCGGCAAUCCGAAGAAUGCCUGGACUCAAUACGUCUACGAGGACACGACAGGCGGUCUCUUCCAACAGAACGCUGACCACAGUGAGUCAGAGGAAGAGGAGAAAGAGCCGACCGAAGAGAAGUCGGAGAGAGAGGUCGAAGAGAAGAGAGAGCCCGAGAGCUCCAGGGAGGUGUCGGAGAUCGCGGAUGAACAGCAGAAGCCUGAGAAGGCGGAGAGAGGGCCGCUGGAGCUGUUCCUGGAGGAUCGAGCACCGGAGAUGAUCGACGCGGUGUGCUACAAUACAGUCGUAAACCUGCACGUGGACGAUAUCGAGGCGCUCGCGCGGCGGCAGUUGGAAAUAGCCCGGGAUGAGAUCAGCGGCUAUGUGGAACGAUUCUCCCUCGUCGACCUGCACUUCGCAGCCGGCAAGGUUAUCUCCGACGCUUCCUGGCACCCAAGCCUGCUCGAUUGCGUGGCCGUCUCUUAUGUUACCGCAUCGUUGCCGUCGUUGCUGUCCUCGUCAUCGUCAUCGUCGUCGUCGUCGUCGUUCGAUGUUACCCGAUCUUCGUGGCGAGACACGAUGGCGGAUGGCGCGUUGUCAAGAGCCUCGCAGCCGUCGGUGUUGUUGUGGUCCCUCAGCGACUCUCUGCGACCUCGGCUCGCGUUGCGCUGCCACGGGGAUAUUUAUUGCGUGUCCUUCUGCCCGACUAACGGCGACUUCAUAAUCGGCGGCUCCGCGACGGGCCAAGUGGUCGUUUGGAACAUACACGGCCAGCUGAAGGAUCGAGAGAAGGUUGACGGGAACGUCGACAUUGAGACGGCGUUAGACGCGUCCAUAGCGUCCGAUCAGGGUCAUGAACUGCUGGUCCGUAGCAUACAAUGGCUGCCCGACAACUGCAGAAUCGAGCCGUCCGGCAGGCUGACGAGACUGUCCAGCAGUUCAAGCUGCCAGUUCGUCACGGUCGCUGAGGAUGGCAUCGUCGCCGUUUGGGACCUCCUCAGGUACUCCAUCACCUGUCAGCUGAAACCGAGCGACUUCAAGGGUCUCGAUCACAAUUUCCGACCAAUCUAUCGCUUGGACGUCCGAUCCUUCAAGGACUCGCCCUUCACACCUCUUCACCUGUGCCUCCCGUCCGACAACGUUCUCCGAGAGGACGAGAAGCGCCAAUACGACCGUAGCGAAUCGGAAGCUACGGACAUGGAAUACAUGAGGAGACUAUGGAUCGCCACAGCGCAGGGGGAUCUCGUCUGUUGCACUUGGGAAGGCCAGGUGUUCGACGUGGAAACGUCCGGCUUAGAGGAGUGCAAGCUCCUCGCUCGCUCUUCCGCGCAUGACGGUCCCGUUACGGCGAUUCUACGAUCGCCGCACCUUCGCGACAUGCUCCUCACGAUAGGCGGUCAUAUCUUCGCCAUUUGGCAAGAUGGCUACUUGGAGCUGCCACUCUUCAGACGGAGGUCCAGCCGCGUGUACACCGCGUGUUGCUGGAGCAAUCGGCCCGGGGUCUUCCUUAUGGGCACUAAUCGCGGUGACUUGGAGGUCUGGGAUAUCAGGAGGAGGCCGAACGAGCCAGUGCUUAGGCAGACCAUUUCCAGACGGCCGAUAACUCUCUUGUCACUGCGGGCAUCGUGCGACGACGGCCUCAGGUUGAUCGGGGCGGGUGAUUGUAACAGUGGCUUUCGCGUCUUCAUGGAACCAACAGAGUCUGAGGACGACACGGUCGAGAGACUGGACUGGUUCGAAGAGUACGUGUGGAGGGAGACGAGGAGGAAGAAGAUGUUUUCGUCGUGGCAGGAGGACUUCCUGCGGAACGACGUGAAAGCUACUGCCAGAAGGCAAGCGAGAGCGGAUGAAGAGCGCAGGAUAAGACUCGAAACGGCGAGGCUGCAGCUUCAUAGGCAACACGAGGAACGUUUGAGGUUGGAGGCCGAGGAAAAAUUGCGCAGGAUGCCGAAGUCUAAGGAUAGCGUGUGGAAGAUGCGUCAGCAGGCAAGGAUGAAGGAGGUUCUGCUGAAGAAGAAGAGAUUCGCACCGCGGGAAUUGGAAGAGAAGAGAUUACCGUUGGUUCGUCUGGCCGAAGAGAGGAGUAUAAAGAUGAUCAAGGCCAAGAACGAAGCUGCGCUUCGGGAUAAAUAUUUCGACAACUUUGUGUCCCUCGAGUUCGCCGAAUAUUACGACCUGAGAGAGAAAGGCGAGAGCUCGGACGAGCAGCGGGAAACGAUUAAGAGCAAGGAGAUGAUCGAUAUAUACUUGCAAGAGUUUCGCAAGAUCGAAGAAGAGGCACGAAGGGUAUUGGAGGAGCAGCCGUAUGUCCCGAAAUUUAAUCGGAGCAUCUGUAUAAAGAAAGGCAAAGAAAUGCUGUGAGCUACGUAUUCCUCGUAGAUGUUAGUACGAAGAUCGACUAGUUUCCUCGGUAAAAGAGGUUAGACAUUAAAGCUUCGUGCAACGGCAAUUUGACUUGUUUAUACGCGAAUUGAUAAGAUAAGAUAGCUCCAGAGUGUACAGAGAAAUGCUCAGAUGGAAACUUGUGAGUCACAAUUGCAAUCGAUAUCGAUACGUUGAAGUCGUGAAUCUGAUAAAUGUUCUUAAAUUUUAAGAACAUUUGUUAUGCAAAGCUGGCAUUCGAAGAGCACGGGGAAAAUAACAUGUGAGAGGAAAAUUGAUUUGAAUCCAAGAACAGCUCCUUACAUUUUCAACACUUUCUUUGCAUUACAUAUAUUUUGUUCUCAUUGGGAAACCUUGAUUGCAAAAUCUUACAAACGACCAUUGUGGAUACCAUUUGACCAUUGCUUGACAAAUAAAGAGCUACUUAACUCUUACAAUAUUAAAGCUAAAGGAUUAAUUGCUACAACAAUAUAUAGCAUUACAUUACAUUCGACAGUCUCAUCAAAUUACAGUCCAGUGAUGAAAAUGUUUUUUAGAGAUAUUCAGAUUGUUUUAGGAAAGGAGAUACAGUCUUUGGAGUCUCUGCUAUUUGCCAAACACCGAAUGAAUACUCGGCAGUCACUAUUCAUACUCAACCCAA